GCCUUGAACAAUCUUGGAAGUGUGUAUGUCGACUGUGGGAAACUAGACCUGGCAGCAGAGCGUUACAGGAGUGCCCUAAACAUCCGGCACACUCGAGCCCAUCAGGGACUAGCUCGAGUCCAUUUCCUGAAGAAUGACAGGAAUGCUGCUUAUGAGGAAAUGACCAAAUUAAUAGAGAAGGCCAGAAAUAAUGCAUCAGCUUAUGAGAAGAGAUCAGAGUACUGUGACCGUGAACUUACAAUGGCUGAUUUGCAGAAGGUGACCGAAUUGGAUCCUCUACGCGUCUAUCCUUACAGAUACCGUGCUGCAGUCUUGAUGGAUGGCCAUAAGGAGAAAGAGGCAAUAGAAGAGCUGACAAGAGCAAUAGCCUUCAAAGCUGAUGUCCACCUCCUCCAUCUACGAGCUGCCUUUUAUGAGCACAUUGGUGAUGUUCCCGGUGCUCUUCGUGAUUGCAGGGCUGCCCUUUCCGUAGACCCUAACCACCAAGAGAUGCUGGAGCUUCACAACCGGGUUAACAGCCAAGAGCCAUGAUAUUGUGUAAACUGUAAACUACACCAAAUCAAUUACCCAUCUCAUAGUCAAUCUUAGGAUCUGUAUUUUCCUUCCAUUUUUGUCACUUUUUUUCCUGUGCAAUCUGUCUGUACUAAUAAAUUAUCCCAUAUUUAUGUGGUUUUCUCCAGAAGUAUUGAUAUGUGAAUGAAAUGAAAGUUUAUAGGGG